AACAUUCUUCUCUGAUCGCAUAGUGCCGAAUCUGGCGAUCGGCCUGUGGUAAUCAAGACAUACCGCUGAAACAAAAACAAUACCGAAGGCGCUUGUUUGUAGAAAUGCAAAAAAUGAAAUCUUUAUGAUGUAUCUUAUAAUAACUUUUAAGCCAUCACAAAAAGAAUCAGUGGAGUAAAACAGGACACGUCGUUGUGAUAACAAACAGAUCAUUGAUGUGUGCGUUGUCUUAUAUAUUCACAACAAAAAAAGUCUGCUCAAGAUUUUUCUCGUGUGGAAAGAACGCGAUUAAUUGAAGAUGGGGUGUGCUACAAGCCAACCUGGUCAAGUUCAAGGGCCAGGCUAUGAGAUUUCCUUGCCGGUAGAUAAUGUGCCUUAUAGGGGACCAAGUAUUGUGUACCUUCUCUGUAAGGUGCCCGUUCAGAUGGCCUCAAAUGUGUCAUUUGGCUUUAGUGCUGGACGUCCUAUGGUAUCAAGCAACAUAGAUUCUUAUUAUCCCACUCUGGCUCAGUUUUAUCAGCAGGGCUACAUAAUGAACACAUUUUACAAUCUUCCUAUGGCUGUCCAACAGUCAGGCUUUGCUAAGAUGACAGCCAACUAUGAGGCAAUUUUUUCAAAGCCGGGUGAUGGUUCUCCACCUGAGGGAGGUGUCCAAUACGACUUGCGUGUCGAGAAGUCCAUGGUUCACGUCCGAGUCGCAAGCUAUGGAAUUAUUGGUGGGCAAAGCACUGUUGGAGAAACAAGUGACCUUAUACAAAAGAUUGCACACUACUCUUCCCAGGGAGCCCGUCUUAUCUGUAUUGAAGCCACUGGUUAUAUGCAGUCACAAGGUUUUUCAGCAGGCAUGGCUGGAGUUGGUCCAGGUAUUGGUGUUGACUUAUUUUUCAAUGUGCCGCGUCAUCCACCAAGUACGACCUACUGCUACCAAGCUGUCAGUAUUCCCAUUACAGCUACAGUGCACCCUGGAUUUACUGUAUCAGUUGAGGCCCAGUGUGACUGGAUGGGGAACUUUGCAGCCUACCUCAACCAGGGCUGGAAACUUAUCGAGAUUUUCAUUGAUAAAGGCUAUAAGCAACAAGGAGCAUUUUCCAUGACUUACCAAGUCAACGCCAUGUGGUUCUUUGAAAAAGAAGCAUCACGCCUUCAUGACAAUACACCCCUAUAUGAAGGCACCAUCAUCCACUUUCAACAUCAGUUAAAGCAAACAUUUGGUGGAACUAGAGUGAUAAGUGAUUGGACACCUCAAAUCCAGGAAAUGGGCAGAAGAGGCUGGGAACUGGCGUGUCCCCUGGAGACGCCCAGCAUAAGGGCGCACUUUGGUGGUGUUGACAUGCAGAUGGUGCUGUUCUUUCAGCGGAGGAUCAUCCGUGACGCACCACCCAUGAUACAUGACCCUUCUCAACCCCCACCACCUUACCCUACUUAGCCACCACCUUCCCCUACUUAGCCACCACCUUACCCUACUUAGCCAGAACCUUACCCUACUUAGCCACCACCUUCCCCUACUUAGCCAUCACCUUCCCCUACUUAGCCACCACAAUACCCUACUUAGCCACCACCUUACCCUACUUAGCCACCACCUUCCCCUACUUAGCCAGAACCUUACCCUACUUAGCCACCACCUUACCCUACUUAGCCACCACCUUACCCUACUUAGCCACCACCUUACCCUACUUAGCCACUACCUUACCCAACUUAGCCACCACCUUACUCAACUUAUCCACCACCUUAAUCUACUUAGCCACCACCUUACCCUACUUAGCCACCACCUUACCCUACUUAGCCACCACCUUCCCCUACUUAGCCAGAACCUUACCCUACUUAGCCACCACCUUACCCUACUUAGCCAGAACCUUACCCUACUUAGCCACCACCUUCCCCUACUUAGCCACUACCUUACCCAACUUAGCCACCACCUUACUCAACUUAUCCACCACCUUAAUCUACUUAGCCACCAUCUUACCCUACUUAGCUUAUAAUGCAGUGAAGAGUGGAGUGGAAACAAUAGCACAAUUGAAACAAGGCAGUAAUAUUGUAGAUAUAUGUUACUUAAAAAUAAUUCUUUAGGGAAGGACCAUCUAGUACAAUAAGCCUUGUGGUUUCCAUGGUUCACCUAGUCAAAAAUAUUAUUUAUAUUAUUUGUAAAUACUUAAUUCAAUACAUGGCAAAUAGUACACUAAACAGGAGGAACUCUGAUAAUAAAAUGCACCAUAUUCA